AAACGACACUACGUGCGGACUACGAUGUCGAUACCAGAGGCCCCCGGUUCGGUCCGCCGGAAAGUAAAGCGGUCUCAAGGAGGAGAGAUUGCCGGGUAGAAAAUCAGCGACCGCGAGAAAAGGAAACGAGCGUCGCGGGUGAGUCGAGAAGAGAGUCGAAAGAGAGAGAGAGAGAGAGAGAAAGCUUGCGAGAGUGAUGUCCAAGUGUUGCCUCAGCUGGAUCGGCGUGCGCGCGACCGCCGAGGCGUAUCAGCCGCUAAAGACUCACACCUACUCGCGCGACGUCCGGGAACCGUUCAGGGAGGGAACCACCGUCCUGAGAAGCCCGUCGAGAGACCGUCGCAGGAAGCCCAGCGUACGCUACGACGUCGUGAGGACUCCCGGAAGUGGCAGCGAACAGUCAACGCCGCAUCGCCAUCUGCCUGGGAGUCUGCGAGGUUCCCUGAGCCAUUCUCACAACCAUCACCACAAUCAUCCCCACAGACAUGAACUACCACCGUCGACGUACCACCUCACACCCCCACCGCCACCACCAGCGUCGAGUUACAUCACGGUGCAGCGCGGCUGCGCUCUGCAUUCGAGGCUCGACCAGCCGGUGACCAGCUCCACGCCCGGGAUGGACAACAAAAAGAUUGUCCAGUCGAGCACGCCGCCGGCCGUACCUGUCCAGGUACGUAGCAAGCACGAUGGCUCGGGGGUGGCGGCUUCCGUUUCGGGGGUGCGCCGACGGAGCGGCCCCCAAGGGGGUCUUCGUUCGCCCGCCGCGAAGAGGCCCCUCUCCGCCCCCGUUGCACUGCAGGGGUGGCUGCAUAAACAGGGCUCGGAGGGUCUCAUGCUGUGGAAGAAGCGCUGGUUCGUCCUCUCCGAGUACUGCCUCUUUUAUUACAAGGGCCCGGAGGAGGAGAAACUGCUAGGUUCGAUAUUACUACCUUCGUACAGAGUUACCGUCUGCAAACCCGAGGACAAAGUCAACAAGAAGUUCGCCUUCAAGGCCGAACACGCGAACAUGAGGACUUACCACUUCGCGGCUGACAGUCGGGAGAGCAUGAACCAGUGGGUGAAUGCGCUGACUCUGGCGACGCUUUUGCAAGAUCCCAGCCCUGGCUUGGGCGAGGCCGCGGUGGUCAUAGAGAUAGCCCAGGACGGCGAGCGAAGCGCGCGGCCUAGCGUCUCGUCGAUCUCGUCGAUCCUGAACCAGAGCGCCGACGACAGCGACUCCGGCUUCCACGGGUUCCAGUCGCGCGACGACCCCAGCCAUGCCUCCAACAACAACUCCAGCCCGAACAGCGCGAAUACCGCCUCCUUCCCGAACCUCAGCGGUAGCAACAGCAACGGCAAUUCCGCCAAUAACAAUCACGCGAGCGACUCGGGGCACCCGAUGAUGAACGGUUGGGUACAACAGUCGCCGCAGUACGGUCAGCCCGGCACUUCUCAGCCGCAACAGCAGCAGCAACAGCAACAGCAGUACGGACACUUGCUGCCAUCGCAGCAAAUCCAGCCGGGCCAUUCGCACCAGCAUCAGGCGUUGCUUCAUCAUCACUUGCCGCAUCAGAACGCGCUUCCGAAUCUAACCCAUCAGUCGUCGCAUCCGCACAAGCAGAUGGUCGUCCAGCAGCAGUCGCCACAGCAACAGCAGCAGCAGUUGUCGCAACCCGGCGGCGUUCACACGAUGCAGCCUAUGCCCCGGACGAAAUUCGGACAGCCGAUUUACGCGAACGCACCGCCGAAGCCUAGAAGACUGACGGACGGCUCUAACGAGUACUCGACGCCGUCACCGGACAUGGACUACCGGAAGAGCCCGGUCUCGCCGGACGUAACGAUGACGAGCAAGAGUCCGAUGUCCGAUUACGAAAGGAGCAACACGAUCUACGGCACGCGGAUGAAUCAGCCGUCCCAGCAUAGCUUGCGAAUCGACAAGUCGGGGCUGAAUUACGUCGGCUACGGUCAAACCGCCCAGCCGACGGAGAGGAGGACCCCGGACACGUACGGUCGCAGCGCGAAGCCGAGGACCAGCGGCAAUAGGGGCAACGGCGACUACGAGGAGGUCUACGGCACCCCGCCGCUCUAUCAGAGACCCGCGGGACCGGUCGGCUACACCAAGGGCGCGUCCCCGGCGCCCAUCCCCAUCCCCGUGUACGCGCAACAGCACCUGCAGCAAUUGCACUCCCCCCUCACGCCGCCGAACAUGGCACUGGUAAGGCAAUCUAGGACUCAACCGCCGCCGCGGCCGCAUAGCGCGGACUUCCUCGAGUACGAGGCAGCCAGGCGGCCUCAGCAACAUCCCACGCAAUGCGAGAGGCCCCCAGAUCAACCGAGGCGUCCGCAGAGGCCUAAAUCCAGCUUAGAUAUAGUGAAUCCGUCGGACACGACCAAUGACGGUUACUUCUAUUCCGAGGAAAGAUACGCGGCGCAGAUGCGGCAGUCCGCGGUGUAUUUGCAUCAGACCCCUCAGCAUUAUCAGCAGCAGAGGAAUCAGUCCCUCUCGCGCGUCACAAUGCAGCCGAAGCUGCCGGGUAUUCGCGAUAACACCGACGAAAGUAGAAUAUCCACAUUGCCGGAUUCCACUUGCCCCGCUCUGAGACGCUCGCAGCGGGAUCACGUACAUCAGCAGCACACGAUGCCCGCUCAGUCGCUGACGCAGAGACAUUCCGAGAUAAUGGGUGCCGAUCCGAAGCUCCGAAGAUCCUUGCGCGAAAAAAGCUGCGAGGCGAGUGGCCGCGAGACGCUGACGCACGGCGAGGACAACACGAUCCCUCGGCGAGUGCCGCGCGGCGUGGAGUACGACGGGUGGGGUAGAACGGCGGGUCACGGUGUCCACGGGGCCCACAUCGCUCAGACGUGUCACGCCGGUCACGCAGGUGCCGGCAGACGAUGGAGCGAGCAGCAGCAGUUCUGCAGAUCGGCGUCAGCGCGUCUGCCAAGGACACGGCACCCCGCCGCCCUUGAUCCCGACGACGACGACUACGCCGAGAGGUCCUCCGAGCAGGAUUCGCGGGAUGGUGAACGCAAGAUUCAGCAGCGCGAAGAGUCGAUGAAGCGGCUGUUGGAGUGGAAGCAGCGUAUGCUGCAAUCCCCGCUGACGCGAAAGCCGUCCGGCUCGGCGAAUCGGGGCAGGACGCAAAAUGAUCUUUCGAGCUACUACAAGCAACAGGCGCUGCUGGAUUUGGCGGCGCACGAGGCCGCCGUGGCGGAGGGUCGUCACUCUCGCAGGCGGGAGGACGGUCAUCGUUCGCAUGUCAGGAGCAAGAGCUCGGACGGCCGUCGGACCGCCGUCAACGUGCCACGCUACAACAGCUAUUCCAGCGAUGACGAAGAGCUGGGAGAUGUCCGGAGGAAGCGCUCGCGCAGACCCACGCAUGCAGGAAGGAGCCCCCGGCACGCCGGCGACGAUCGGUCAUCGACGGCGAUGUCGGCCGUCCAGGAUGCCACGAAACCCGGGACCGGCGGCCGCACGGGCGUUAACGCGCAGACCCCGCAGUCGCAAACCCUUAACAAUCCUCGCAAAGCGAGCCCGAGGGGCGCGCUCUCCUCCCUGGGUGGCAUACCACCGGACGCGGGUUACGACGAGGUCAGCUUUCCGCCGAUGAUGAGAAACGAUUACGCGUACGCGUCGUCCUCGACGGACAGGCAAUCGUCAUCCAGAAGAUCGGAUCCCGAGGCCGCCCCGGAGGACCCCGCGAUCAAGCACAAGACCCCGAAGAAGCCGCUGGGUAUCCUGAAGACGUCGACCGCUUACAGUUUCGAUCAGCAGAAGUACGACGGUCAGCAAACCGCGGGUAAAGUCCAGGGCAACAGUUUGUGCGGUUACCGGGUCAACGAAUCCUGGCCCGUUCAGAAGAACGUGCAGUGGGAUUCCAAGGACGAUAACGACGAGUGGGAUCCCGGCAUCGACGAGAGCAAGGUUAUAAAGGAGUUCUCUUAUCAGUACAUUAAUCCUAAGAAAGUACCGGUGCCAUCGAAAGUGGAAAGUGAGAGCGAAAAAUUCGAGACUAUGAACUUGGUGCAAUGCAGAAUCAGGUCUUUCGAGAACAUGGAUAACGCCAGUCCAGUCAGGGAGGUGUUGACCAUGCAGGAGCCGCUGAAGGUAUCGCCGCUGCAGGCGACUGAGGCUCACGUCUCGAAACUCGAUUGCGCGAACAAGACGCCGUCCGUCGUACGCGGCUUCGUUCCGGGUGACGCAAAUACCCCGGAGAACGCUUUCAAACACAAAAGCGUGGAAGAAGGGCACGCCAAGCAAGCUUCGACCGACAGUAACAAGUCGGUCAAGGAUCUCUUGGCGGACUUCGAACGGAAGUCACAACAGGCUAAUCAAUCGAAGUGCGAGAAACGAGGAGAGCCGAGGCAUCACGGGGAUUACGGCGAUGAGGCGUUACGGUACAAUAGCGGAAGUAGUUUGGAUCGUCGUGAUAGAGGCGACGAGAAGGGAGACUUUAUUGAAAAGAACGAGGCUAUCGCGCAACCUUUCGCUUUGGACACUUUGUAUACAGGUGCCGUACAAGUGCAAAAUUCCGAUGGGUCUCUAAAUCGAAAUAAAACGAACAGUCCGAAGGACAAUCCGAUAGAACAAUGCGUGCCAUCGACUGAUUUAAAUGUUAUCCCAGGUUCCAGCUGUGCCAGGGCGAGCGUGACCGAAUCCUUAGUAACGCACAGCGAUCAAUUCCCUGCCGAUAACGAUCCCAUUAGUUCCAUUUUUAAGCAGGAUGACAUUAACAGCGAGGAUCACUAUCUUCCCAUGUCACCAAGAAAGGCCAUACUGGAUCCUAACAGUGACGACAGGCCAAAUCCCAAGAUAAUGGAGAGUCUGUUCGCCAAUCUGCACGAGGAGAGCUCGUACGUGGAGAUGGCGCAGAACGGAAUGAAUCGCUCUCUCUUGGCACCGAACGAGAACGGCGGGAAGCACGAUUCCGGCGAUUAUUCCACCCUGGACAUGUCCCACUACGAGCUCGUCUGCGUGUCGGAUAACAAGAUAGAGCCGGUAUACAUGGAGGUGAAUCAAUUGUCCGAGAGGGAGGACGAGGACGGCAAUAAAGCGUCCCCGUUGAAAAAGAGCAACGCCAGCGAGAAUUCGCCGCAUUCCAGGAGCGAUCUGCCCGACAUCCUGACGGCGCUCAAAUCUGACAGUUCCGACGCCGAUGACGAGUCGUCCAAGGAUCUGGACUCCAUAGACGCACCGCGGCAUCCGCGAUUCAGUCUGUCCGAUACCUUCCGACCGGCCUCCUAUUAUCUGGGAGUUAGCCGUAACGUGAUCGCGGAAUUGCACGACUCGUCGGACAGCGAGCUCGUGUCCCCGCCGCCGAUACCGACCUCUCCACCGCCGCUGGACGAUUUGGACUCGCUGGACAUGCAGGAAUCCCUGGAGAUAAAGAAGGUCUCGCCGCAGGUGGCUACGGCGAAGGAUAACGCGCUGAAUCGCGAUUCCCCGAAAUCCUGGAGCAAGCCAGCGGGUCAGGUGGAAACGCACAGACCACCGUCGCGCUUUUCCGACGCUACUAUCAGCUCCACUUUCAGAGACAGCAGGAUAUCGUUGGAAAGCGCAUCCGGAAGCGAUUCGAUCGAUCUGAGAAACCCGGAGGAGGAAGCUCGGCACAGACAAUUGAAGAGGAGACCGGUCAGCGACGACGUUUGCCAGGUUUUAAACAGCCUGGACGAGUUGGAAUCGUUGGGAAGCCGCUUCGACGGCGCGAGUAUCGAUCUCGAUCAGUACUUGGAGGAAUUACAGGCCAGAGACGCGUUCAACGUAGAUCUUUACGCGAAGGAUUUAAGCUACAACAGUAUCUACGGAUUCAACGAGAACAUGCUGGUGGUCGAUAAGCUGCAGAAGACCACGUGUCAGGAUCUGUCGAGAAGUAUGAAAUUGACGUCGAGCAAUCUCGAUCGGCCGUUCGAUUAUGCCGACAAAAAUAAGACCGGUUCGGCGAGCAGCUUACCGUCCAUGAGGGUGUCGGAUCUACCACCGACGCAUCAGCACUCGCAGUCGUUCACCGGUGACGCCCAUUACGAGAAUGUCACGAGCUUCUUGCCGCUACGCGGCUCACCGGCGGUCAGGCCCGACAGCGAGCCGCCGCGCGACAUUGUUCAUCGGAUGCAGAGCACGUCUCAGAGCAUUAGCGCGCUGCCAAUCUCCCACAGCAGGGAUUCCAGUUACUCGAACGCGUCGGCCGCGGCGUCCAUCUCAACGUCCAUGGCCUGUCAGAGGCCCGCGAGCGCGCAAUCGUCGAUGCACUCCCCGGUGAGCGGUAUCCUGCAGAACGUCAACGCGUACCCCGAGCCGAGAUUCCCGAGUCACUCGAGGUCCGCCAGCCACGACGCGUGUGUGCGACACGUACUGCCGAACCAUCGAUCGACCUCCAGCCAGGACUCGAGCCAUUAUCCCGGCCCAGUGCCGAUGCAAACCGCCACCCCCGUCCUGCAGCAGUCGUAUUUGCCGAAUGUCAGCGAGCAGCGCUCCCCGAGCGAUCAAUCUGGCGCGCCCUAUUACUAUUCCGACCUCCAGGCGAGUGUCAACAGCGCGGAUCUGAUGGAGCUAACCAAACCGAUGAUCGGCCAUACCUCGCGACUGCCCCAGCUGAACAAUCAGAGGGACGACGCGGCGAUCGGUUUGAACAAGCGGAACGACAUCGGCCGUAUAGUGAACCCGAUCGCGCGGCAGAUGCCGCGGCAGAUUCGGGUGGACGACAUAGACGAGGCCAGGCGCAUCGCCGCGGAAUUAAGACGGACGACUUGUCAGCUGCUCAGCGACAACAAGGCCGCCCUCGUGGACAAGAGGAACUUCUACGAGGCCGACACGCUGCGCCGUGUAAAAUCCACCGAUCCGUUGCCGGAUGUGUCUCUACCCGAGGCUAGAAAUCUGUAUCCCCACGGUCUUAGAGACAAGUCCGUUAAUUCAGGUAACGUUGACAGCGCGGAACUGAUGCCCGUCGCGCAAGCGUCUCAUCGUCGGUCGAGAUCUCUGGAGGGAUUACUCGACGACGUCGGCCUGCAGAAUUUAAUGGAACAGCGAAACCAAGCUAAUCGAGCGGCGGCAGCGGCGGCGGCGGCAGCGGCAGCGAUGACUUCGACGGCUUCGACCAGCCAGGUCGAGGCGACGUCGCGAAACUUGCCUCUGUCCGGCGGUCACAACGCUAUGACCGACGGCAGUUUCAAUCCCGAGGAUCCCUGGGAGCAGGACAGUCUUUGGUGCGAGAGCCUGAGGAGGGUGAGCCUGCGAAACGCCAGAUCCUUGGACAAUCUAGACAGUCCACCGAGACCCGGUAGAUCCGGUGAUGCGAAGUCACGCGGCAAGAUCACCCGGGGCGCGACCUACGUGAACGACAGCGUCGCGUUGCGCAGGGACAACAGCGCGGAGGAGUCGUCGGGCGGCGAGCGAUCGCGAAUCAAGCGCAGGACGAACAAGGAUCAUCAUACGCGAGAACGAUCGCUCGAGGACGAGGACGACGACGACGACGACGACGACAACGACGCCGACGUCGACACUUACGAGACCCUGUCGAUGGAGGUGAUCGGCGCGGGCGGCUACGUUUGGGAUCCGCAAAGCAAGACCUACCGCAAGCCCACCGUUUCGGACAGGAAUCAUUUUUUAGAGGACGGCAACCUUCCCCCGGCUCGCUCGAUCCCGGACGUCCGCAUGUCCGCGACGUCGUUCGAGCUCGACCGAGAGAAGCUCCGCCAAUGGGAUUUGUUGUCGAGCGCCUGCUUACUCCAGGAGCAGCAGCGCACCUCGAUGGCGGACUCGGGGCGAGGGUUGCCGGUCGUGGGACAAACUGGAGACGCGCACGAUUCGCGGCUCGCCGUCGUCGCGGCGACGACGACGACGACGACGACGACGGCGGCGACGAGCGCGACGACAACGACGACGGUGACAACGGCAACAACACCGACACCGACAAUGAUGACGAUCGGCAACGAGCAAGUGGACCAGGAACCGAGGCAGGAGCCGUGUAAACGGGCUGCAGCGUCCGGCUCGGGCUCGGUGAUAGGCAGAGACCCGCUUCCGCCCAGGGCCGUCAGCACGUCUCAUCUGCCUCAGAGAACGCUGACUCAACCGCCGACGGCGGUGUCCACUCUUCCGCUACCGAGAAACAGCAUCGGCAGCAGCAGCGGCAGCAGCCAUCGGCAGCAGCAGCAGCAGCAGCAACCGUUUCCGCUCCAUCACUCGACUCCGCAGCAUCAAUCGCCUAUGAGGCAGCUGGAGAGCGAGCCCACCGCCCAGCUGCUGAGGGUCGCCAGCAACGGCGACAUCGGCAAGUGCAUGGUUAGCGGUAACGACUUGAGGGACCUGAGGUUAGCAUCGCCGGGGGGCGGUCAUUCCACUCAGCGAUUGAUCAGCCCGAUCGGACAUCUGCGGGUCACCUCGUUGAACGACCAUCGCGUCUCCAGUCCCAGCGACAGCGAGAUACGCGUGCACAGUCCAAGCGAGAGAAAAAUGAUCAGCCCGAUCGGCAGGGAGGUCGACCGCGGCGGGGGUCAGAGGCAAGGCCAGCAGCGAGCACGAGCGGCGGACUGCAGCGAGCUGCUGCACAAAAGGAGUAACGCCAGCUCCCUGCGAGCGGAUGUCGGGGGCAGGCUGAUGGCGCAGGCUGCUGGCGCAUCCGGGCAUCCGCUGAUGCGCGUCUCCGCGGGCGAGCUCCUCGGCAGGACCCACGAGGAACUGGUGCUGCUGCUGAUCCAGCUGCGACGACAGAACGCGACGGUCCUCAAGGCGAUGGAGACGUGCCACAUGGAGAUCGAGGCGCAGGCUAGACUGGCGGAUCUCGACACGCCGAGACGAUUAGAAAAUUUUCAAAAACUCGAGGACCUCAAGAGGCACCUGAUGGAUCUCGAGAAGCAGUACGAGAAGAGCAAGCCUCUUGUGAACCUCGUGGACAACAUGGUGAAGCUGGGAUCUUUGUAUAAUCGUAACACUGCCAACGGGACCGGCAGCGUUUCCGGUUCUCGCCACGACCUGAUGCACGAGAACGCGAGGGAUCAUCGCGACCGUCUGGAAUUUAACCAAAGGGUGCAGGAGCAACGACUGCUGGCCGAGGAGCGCAGGGAUUGGGACAGACUCAGUCCCGAUCAUGGACAGUUACAGGCCAAAGUGCAGCAGCUCUACAAACUCGAUCGACUGCUCCAGGAGGAAUCCGGCACGCUGCACAGUCUCCAGCAAGACAAGGAAAUACUCGAGAAGGCUCUGGGCGGGCUGCGGCACAAGCUGCAGGGUAGCAGGAGCAAUCUGGCCGAGGCGGAGCGGUAUCGGAAGCAGCAGCUCCUGCUGGAGCGCGAGCUGAGCAGAGUGCGGAUACUGCUCGCUCAUAACUCGAAGGUAAAACCGGUAUUCUUCCAGAAACUCGAGGAAACGGUGGCCGAGAACGCGAGGCUGGAGCAAGAUCUGGUGGUGCUGAGGCAAAAGGUGCAAGCGUCGAGAAGAUACGCCGGAAACGUCACGAGGGACACCCCGAGCACGACCGCGCCGCUGGAAGCGGAAUUGCGACGAGUGCAACAACUCGUCGGCGAUCUACAGAGACAGAGGAAGGAGCUGAGCAUUCAAGUUCGUCAACUGACGGAGAAAUCUCACAGUUUGGUCCAGCAAAUUCGCCCGCAGCCACCGCACGCUCCCCAGGUGCACCACUCGAAGAAACGAACGCAAAACUCCUGGCUGGAGACCGACCUAGAUUCCGGGAUAACCCUGGACCACGGUUUGGAUUCCCCGUCGAGCCCGUCUCUGUCCAUCUCACCUCCGAACAAGCAUAACGAUAGCUCUUAUCAGCGAUACGGGUCUCCCACGUACAAGGACUUAUCCCCCUUGAGUCGCUCGCAUAAUCAGCAGCAGUCCUUCGUGCAAUCCUCACAGAAUCACAUAUCGGCGCUCUCGCCGCAGCUGCGCGAGCAGAUUCAGCAGCACCAAUUGAAGCAACAAUUAUUGAAAGAUCAAAUGCAGGGCAAGGGUAGCGCGAUUCAAGUGGCGCCUCUGUACGUUAACACGGAUUCGAGGGUGGCAGGCGAAUAUAUCACCGACACGAGCAAGCACAAUGGAAGCGUGUUAAAUGGCACAUCAAACCCCGCUCCGGAAUACAUCCCGCCGCCGCCCCCGCCACCCCCGUUGAGCGAGGAGGCAUUGUUGCUGAACGAUAAUUAUAGACAAAACGAGGACAACAAAUUCGCCGGAUUAAUGCACGGCCGCGAGAAGCAGGAGAUUAAAACGGUGCGCAUAGUGAAACGCGAAUCGGAGAGGCGGCAAAGGGACCGCGGCGACAGGACCGGCGGCAGUGUCGGGGUUCCCAUGACGAACGGCCUCCAAGCACCGGGCGGCGCGAAGAGGCUGUGCGACGACGACUUCGGAGGCUCCCAAAAAUUCGAGAAAGCUCAGCUUGGCAGGGUGGUGGAGGAAUCGCCGAUCGUACACGCGCAGAGCACAGUUCAGCUAUCCGAGCUCGACGACGUUCAGUUUCAACGGAGCAUGUCUCUGCCACGUGGCUUCGGCGGGCAGAAGCAGCACUCCGGGACGCACUACGGGCCCGUGGUGCCUCCGCCGCGAAGCGACAGCAUGCACGCCCUGAAGAGCAUGAUAGCGCGUCGACAUAAGAUCAGGUUCGAAAGUCACGACGGCAGCUCCGACAGCACUCUGUCGCCGUACACGGAUAGCCCUACGUCCAGCUCUCACGUGCCGAUGAGUUCGCCCAACUACUCCAUCGCUUCGUCGUACAGCCCGUGCCAGAGCCAGAAUUAUCCGGCGCAAGCGGCGGUGGCGGCGGUUGCCGCGCAGCCUCACUAUCCCAACUACUCGCUCGGACAGUACAGGCAAUACGAGAAAAUCGGCACUCUCGCGGGUGCCAUGAGCCCCGAAUUAACAUCGCCGACUAACGUCGGCAUUCAUGAGAGGCCGGUCGCCGCGGCGACGACGGCGAACGCGAACCAGUCCGAGUCGCCGCAAUUGUCACCGGUAUUUAAGAGCGAGGCCGCCAAACAGAUUAUCAAAGAGAUGACGGAGAAGAGGGUGGAGGGACCGAGACGAAGGCAGAUCCCUCGCGAGAAAAGGCGGCACUACACCGUGUCUAGUAGCAAACCGGUGCUCGAUCUAGAGGAUACUUUCUCGAAGAUGGGUAUGGGGAGAGCCAGAGACGACCUGGACAUGGAAAGAGCGCUCAGACCUAGAAUAAACGCUCCUGACGUAGUGCGAUCGACGUUAAGUCACAAGGAAUUGAAAUACAAUGAGAGCACUAUUGAUCAACUGUUGGGCACGCCCAAUAAGAUUGUUAUUCCUGAGCGAUAUAUUCCUGAGCAGACGCCAGAAUUGACAGCGGAAGAACAAGAGCAACGCUUAAAGAAGGCGGAAGCGAUUAGAAAAAUGCUCUCGGAAACCACUGUGACUGCACCGGAAAAAGGUGACGAUGAUUCUAACGUAGAACAAUCGGAUACUUUGAAACGCAAAGUAGUGGAAGAAAAGAGGCAGAGGAAUCAUAUUCUUCAACUUAAUCAAAUAUUGGCAAAGCAAGUGAUGGAGAAAAGUAAAAUGGUAGCGGUAAAAGCCUUAGCAACGCUUCCUCUGAAAACUGAGUCGAGCUUAGACGAUGAGGAUCUCUCGCCCGUGGCUUCUUUACCACUUUAUCAGCAAAGAGAGAACUUUUACUCCUAAACGUCGUUCCAGGGACAUGAACACAAAACUGCCAAUACAAAGAAAGAAACAAAAAAGAAGAACCAAGGAAAAACGAGAAACGAGAUAAAUCCUCUUCUCCGACGAAUAAUUAGGAAACGCGCGCAAGUUCGUGCAACAGAAAAAGUGCUUUUUAUCUGCACACUGAUUAUGUUGUACAUAAUCAUUGACUAAAUAACACAAUAAGUAGCUGUCGUUAUUCGUUAACGAUAAGAGCUCGUAACGUACACACGAAGAAGCGCACGCGACACAUCACGGCGUGACAUAAAGGAUCGUCAAUGUAUUAUCAAACCGAGCUCGUCUUUUCCAAUUGGGCGUUAAAUCGAGCGACACAUCACGACACUUACUGUCAUUUUUUACCGACCCUGGCGUCCCCGGCGUAAAGUAACGAGCGUUGAAGAAUCGCGGACGGGCGCCAAUACGCGAUCUUUAUCCGCGCGAGCGAAUCUAACGCGCUUCCGGGCGAUACGUUCCGGCUUUGGAAAAACCUUUUACCGCGCCUUUUCGCAGAUCGAAAGUUCUUUUUCGAAAGUUUUCAAAUUGUACCGCGUAUAUUUCUAAGCACAAGAGACUGUAAAACCUAUUCGACUGAGAAUCUGGUUUGGAUACCGUUCUGAUGUCCUCUCCCGUUUUACGUACAAUCAUUUUCACGAACUUUUAUAUGCCGACGAUAUCUUGCGAGAACGACGAAAUCUUGUGUACCCUCACCGAAGUCUACGGGUGAGGUAGUACUAUUAGAUUUAACGGCGCGGCAGGCUCUUCAUUUUAGCGAGGACAAACGAACGUACGUGUUUGUCGUAACGCGUCGACACAGGAGAGAAGAAGGUCGUUACAAUUAUUUGAAAAAAAAAAAAAAAAAAAAAAAAAACACGCUAAAAUAUCGAGCCUCCGAGAUUUUAUUCGCCAAACUUGACGACAAAAGCGAGCACGAGGUUUUAAUUCGUGUAAACUAGAUUGUAAGGAAUACGCACGAUGCAUACGCUUCUGAAGCGCCCGUUGCUAUUAGCGUUAUAUAUACACGAUUUUUCACGGGCCAUUGUAAUAUGGCAUUUUAAUGUUUAGAACAACUGUCACACAGUCAUAAGGGAAGAGUGCCAAAUUCCUAUUAUUACACGAGCGAUUGAAUAAUCGUCAAUUAAGAGAAUCGCCGUGUCGAUGCAGGAUACGCAUUUACUA